AUGAUCUGCCUGAUGCUGACCAUCUUCGCCAACCUCUUCCCGGCGGCCUACACCGGCAUGCACGAGCGCACCUUCCUGGCCGUGAAGCCCGACGGCGUGCAGCGGCGGCUCGUGGGCGAGAUCGUGCGGCGCUUCGAGAGGAAGGGCUUCAAGCUGGUGGCGCUGAAGUUGGUGCAGGCUUCGGAGGAGCUGCUGCGGGAACACUAUGCCGAGCUGCGCGAGCGCCCCUUCUUCGGGCGCCUGGUCAAGUACAUGGGCUCCGGGCCGGUGGUGGCCAUGGUGUGGCAGGGUCUGGACGUUGUGCGCGCUUCCCGGGCGCUCAUCGGAGCCACGAAUCCGGCCGACGCCGCGCCCGGCACCAUCCGCGGCGAUUUCUGCAUCGAGGUCGGCAAGAACGUGAUUCACGGGAGCGACUCGGUGGAGAGCGCCCGCCGCGAGAUCGCACUCUGGUUCCGCACAGACGAGCUCCUGUGCUGGGAGGAUAGCGCGGGGCACUGGCUGUACGAGUAG